AUUCGUUUUUUCGGAGUAACGGCGGCGACUAACAUUUACGAGGACAUUACUGGGGUUGUUUACCAUCGGUCAUAUCCUUUAAUUGCCUUGUGCUCAGAUGAUUGCACGAUAUAUGAUUUUCAUGGCAUGAAUAACCUUCUACGGGGCAGGAGGCAUAGAUCCAUCGAGUGCAUUCAAGUGCUGAUGGACGAGAAGUUUUGGAUCUCAAGUUCCACCCGAGACAAUCUUGGUUGUUCACAGCGGAAAAACCCAUUUAAGAGUAUUAUGUAUCAUCCGUCCAACACAAUAGUUUCCAUCCAUACCGAGCGGUUGUUACUAAAGAAG